UACAUCUUAGCUUUUCGAAAACCCUUCUUUGCUGCGAACCUAUCAACUUUAUGACAUUUGCCUCUUUUCCCCUUCCGCACUCGGUGUGGAUUUGUUUUCAUCGGAGGGAAAUUCAAAUUCGUCGGUAUCGAAUGAAAUCACAUCAUACCCACCAUCCGGCCCACAGUGGCUUGGUUAGUUGCUGUAUCGGGUGGAUCGUUUCACGAAACUUCAUGGUUCAGCCCAGGUAUCCUGCCUCAUCCGUCCGGUCAAGCACGUUGACGUUAAGAUGAAGUCAGUGGAGACUGCAAAAUAAUAAUGGAGACGGUUGAGGUAGAGAACUACGCCGGAUUACAUUAUCACACUUGCCUUUCUUCUGAACGCUGGUUCAACCCCGUCGAGCGGCUAUCCCGGGACUGGGGAAAGCUAUAUAUACCCUCUUUUUCGCCCCGCUGUGCGUCACUUUGGUUGCUUUCAAGAAUUCCGCGGCCUUUUCACCCAAACGCAGCAUCCCAUCGUCGAGAUAUCCACGUUAUUGGACCUCUCAGUCGACCGGUUUCGGCUGAGUUGCGAAAUAGUUCAUCGACCUUCCCUGGCUGAAUAAGGACUCGCCACAUUGUUUCCUGGGGAAUAUAUAACCUUCCCUCGUCAGGAACGAGUUUCAAAACGCCUUGCAUUUGCCUUUCGCUAUAUUUUUGUGACUUCUGUUUCAGGAACCGUGUUCGACCCAUCUCGACACUAUGACUACUGCCGAUUACAGAUCCCAUACGUCGGGCGGCCACGUCCGUCGGCUGUCCAAUGUUGAAGCUUCUGGGGCAGACCUCAUUGGCGGGCCCAAUGUUAUCGUGCCUCCGAAGCACUUGAUGGCUAAGAGCGAUGCCUACGAGACUGCAAAGACUAUGGAACUUGCGAAAUAUCACCUCGAAGAGGACAUUUCCUCAGCCGAAACAACUCCAAGAGCCGCAUCUCCUAUCUCAGCCCAGCCACUCACAACAACAGAUCGAUAUGCCUUCGCUUUUGAUAUUGAUGGUGUGCUGGUUCGAGGAGGCAGAGCCAUUCCUGCAGCUAUUGAAGCUCUGAAGGUUCUGAAUGGACAGAACGAGUACGGAAUUAAAGUACCGUACAUCUUCGUGACAAACGGUGGUGGAAAGACGGAAGAAGAGCGCUGUCUCGAUCUCAGUCGACAACUUGAAUACGAAGUUUCCCCGGGGCAGUUCAUCUGCGGCCAUACACCAAUGCGAGAAAUGGCGGAGAAGUACAAAACUGUCUUGGUCGUCGGUGGAGAGGGCGAGAAAUGCCGUGUUGUCGCCGAAGGGUACGGAUUCAAAGACGUUGUGACUCCUGGAGAUAUCAUCAAGCAUAACAGACACACUACUCCUUUCCGGGAACUUACUGAAGAGGAGCUUCGCAAUUCUCGAACUAGGGAUUUUUCUGACGUCCAAAUUGAAGCUAUUUUUGUUUUUGCGGAUAGCAGAGACUGGGCGGGAGACCAGCAGAUCAUUCUCGAUCUAUGCAUGUCCAAAGGCGGGCGGAUAGGAACAAGGUCCGAGACGUUUGAUGAGGGCCCACCGGUUUACUUCUCCCACAACGACAUCGUCUGGUCCACAUCGCACGAGUAUACACGGAUUGGCAUGGGCGCUUUGAGAGCCUCGACCGAAGCUCUAUUCAAAGCUGUUACCGGAAAGGAGUUGCAAACAAUUGCUUUUGGCAAGCCACAGAUUGGAACAUUCCAGUUCGCCACGCGGCUUCUCCAACAAUGGCGAAAAGAAACUCACGGUAUCAACUCACCCCCAGAAACUGUGUAUUUCGUCGGAGACACCCCUGAAUCGGAUAUCCGCGGUACAAACGAGUACAACGACUCCGAACUCUGUGAAAACAAUUGGUACUCUAUUCUCGUGAAGACCGGUGUAUUCCAGGAUGGUACUGUUCCGCGAUUCGCCCCACAAAAGAUCUGUGGUGACGUUCUGGACGCCGUCAAGUUCGGUAUGAAGAGAGAGUACAUAGAUGCCUUGAAGCAGUCUACUGUUGCUCCCGUACAGCAAGGAACCGAAGGAGCCACUAAAGAGGUGUGACGACAAGAAUCCUUUACAAUUUUUACACCAACUUGCUUUUCGAGAGACGCUAUUCACGAUGUGACGAUCUAACUACUGGAUACGUAUAAUACGGCCUGUGUAUCCUGACACCACCUGCAAAUUUGUGAUUCCCCAUUUGAUAUUGCGUUUUCAUUAACUCUGCUUAUUUUCCUUAGCCUUUUUCUUUCCUUCUUUUCCCUUUUUCUUUUCAUUUCUUUUCACUUUUUUUUCUUUAUUAUUAUUAUUUUUUCGCGGCUGGUGGAAUACCUUUUUCGAGACUUCUGCUAUGUAUAGAAUAUGAAAACCAGACAGGCAGACAAAGGAACAUAGAACUCUGUCUAGAACACAGUUGGUUGCAACGGAUUUAUACACCAUUGAUUUGCUAUGGCAUGUAAAUACGUAUAUUUUGUGUGAUCUCUAACACUUUGAAGUUCGAAAAUUGAGAUGUUAUCAGAAUCGGU